UUCGUUAAACGUAUUCAUUUGUGUUGUCAAAACACUGAAUUUUUUUUUUAAAUCAUAAUAUUUGUGUAAUUUUUAAGUGCUGUGAUAAAUAUAGGCAUGUCGUCAAACGAAUCCUCUCUGAGUCAACCACCUCCACCACCACCUGGAAUAGCAUUAAAUCCAACAAAGAAACAAUUUUCCCAACGAAAACAGCUUAAUUUGACUGAAUGCAAAUGGGCUUCUGCGUACCCAGAAAUACAAAAGGCUUGCUAUCUGGCAAGGGUAUCACCGUACAUAUCACCCAAAUCAUGUCGCUACAAAAACAUUCAGCCAAUCCUACAAGAAGGUCCCACUUGUGGUUUGGUUGCAUUGAGCAUGUUAGUCAAUGGUGCACCAAAUGCAGGCGACCUGUUGAAUUUGGCCCGAGAGAAAUUAUACACAAAAAAUGGUGAAAUGUUUAGUGCACUGAAUCUGUUUGAAUUAGUCAAAAGUGCAAUCAGCGAUGACAUUGGAACGAAUUUAAAACUAUUCGAGGGAAAAUUGAAUUGUCAUGAAAUCAAGCAGGUGUUACAGAGUGGUGGUUGUUUGUUGGUGCCUUAUGAUCCGGACUUUAACCAUGGACCCUGUGUGUUAAAUGGACGAAAGGCUCAUUGGGCAUUAAUUAUCGGUCACCUAAUUGAUGAUAACGGUAAAUUUUACGUCUUCUCUCGACAUGGAAAAACCAGGAACAUAGCAAUUUGGUCGCUGAAACUGUUAAGCGAAAGUAAUGCGAAUUUAAAUGAAUUUGAGCAGCCGAAGGGUUAUCCAGAUGCAGAGUUUCUAUUACCCAUGGGCGGAAUCGGAGGUGUGCUCGGCCUCAAAAAUAAAUGUAUUAUUGUGAACAAUGUGCCGAUCGAUGAGGUGGUCAUCAAAUAAAUGAG